AUGUCAAUGUUGUCACCAGAAACUCACGCGCAAUCCCCUAAAAGAUUCGCAUGUGAUAGGUGCAGGGCACACAAAUUACGAUGUCCUCGUGAGGACCAGACAGGCCAGUCCUGUGCGCGGUGCCUGCGCGCCGGUGCCUCGUGUAUUACAAGCAAUCUGCGCCCUCUCGGACGGCCUGCACGGAAGAUUACCCCGGGAAACAGCCAUGGACGGGAACGACGCCCACGCAAGCCUGUAAGAUGCCAAAGCGGUACCGCUGACGAUGAAAUCGACAUAUUAUAUGAUAUAGAUCCCACCCAAAAUUUAAGCAAUCCAUUCGGCGCCGAGAAACAUCACGGAAUCAGGAGACCUGAUGUCCCUUCGGAGGGGCCAGGAGCUUUCGACGCAAAUGGUCCCGCAUUUUUUGGCCUUGAUCCGGCAAUUCUCUUGGGCCUCUCGGGGGUCAGCGAUGAUUUCCUGGGGGUCGGGCUGUCGAAUGGUCAGAGCCCCUUCGGGAUUCCCUCGCUGAAUGGCACGCAUAUCCCAGGCCCAAGCGAUGUGGAGAGCGCGUAUGCCGACACCAGCCAUAGAUCGAGUAGUCAAAGUCAGUAUUUCAGGGAUGAAUCCAGCCAAAGACUGGAUUCCGACUCCCUGAGAGCUGCAGAUCCUUCCAAGCAGCCACGGAAGACAAUGAGCAGCGCUGAUGCCGUUCAGAGGCUGUCUGUCCUGAUUCAGUCGCUGAGCAAUCAACUGGACCGACUAAAGAAAGCACCUUGGAGUGUCACCUUGGUCAAUAUCGUGUGUGCCAACCAGAGCCAGGAGGCAGCCAAUUCGAACUCCCUCGGAGAGGUCCUUCAAAGCACCUCCGAGUUUGUGCAAGUCCUCCAAACCAUCGCUUUCAAGACCUCUGCAGACCAGCUGGGGUCUGGGUUUCAGUCACCAAACUCGGAUCCCACCACGCUGUCAUCAUCGGGGUCUGACAUGUACUGCUCUCGCGUGGCAGCGAAUCUGAACAACGCCGUGCAGCCGCUUCAUAUCAGCUCUUCGCCCUUUGGCCAACUGCACACUCCAGAAUUAAGGAUCCCCCCGCCCUCCGACCAUUCCAAACCGGAUAUCUCGACCGCUCUAGUGAUCCUGACCUGCUACAUUCAGAUUAUCCAGAUCUAUAACAUUUUCUUUUUGCGCCUUGGAGGAUUUCCCGUGCAGUACGGGAAUCUGCAGAUCAAGAUUCUCGUCCAAGUGAUCAUGCAUCUUCUGUCUCGCAUCGAGCGCUUGCUGGGAACAUCCGCGGAGUUCCGUCUUGACCCUGCCAGCGGUUCCAAUGAUGGUCUCCUCAGUAGUUCGGAGUUUACCGCGCUGGUGCGGAUGGUGAUGAGUCAAAAGGAUGACAAGGAGAGUGAAGGGAUGGGUGUUGGGUAUAUUUUCUCGCUCAGGAAGAAUAUGAAAAAGAUCCAGCAGAUGUUAGAACUGAACCCUAUUUCAUAG